AAACUGAAAUACAAUAAACCCAUCAUAUAUUCACAUAAACCCUUCAAAAAUAUUCUGUUUUAAAUUGCUCAAAGACAUUGAAAUCUGAUUGCUUGCUUGUUGACUCUUCUCUUAAUCUUGACUUAAAACAGUUUAUACAUACAUAUAAAUGUGGAAAAAGUCAUCAGGGUUUUUCAGUGUUUUUAAAGAUCAUAAAAAGUCCAACACAUCACAGAAACCAGAGGACUUGACCGUUGCAAGCAGCAGCCACAUGUCUAACAUCAUACAAAAUCACGAUUUCUCUAAUGGUAUGCACUCAUGGUACACAAACUGCUGUGAUGCAACAGUGGCUACAUCUGAGGUCACAUCCAGUCGUUAUGCCAUCGUUGCAAAUAGGAAAGAACGUUGGCAAGGCCUUGAACAGGAUGUCACCUCGCAAAUUACCUCAGGUGUAAGUUACACUCUCCAUGCCCGUGUCGGAGUUUCAGGAUCACAUCAUGCUGAUGUUAUUGCCACUCUCAGACUUGAAUACAAUGGAUCAGAUACCAAAUAUAUGUGCAUAACAAGGAAUACUGUCACAAAAGACAAUUGGGAGAACUUAGAGGGUACGUUUGUGUUGUCAGAUAAGCCCAGUCGAAUUGUGUUUUAUUUGGAAGGGCCCGAUCCUGGUGUAAACCUUCUUGUAGAAUCUGUAUCAGUCUCUUGCGCUAGUUUUUCUGGUACACUUGGAAAAUGUAAUUCUGUUGAAGAUCAAAACAUUAUAUCGAAUCCCAACUUUGAGGAUGGUGUUAAUAGAUGGACUGGAAGAGGGUGCAAGAUUGGUACACACGAGUCCAUAGGAAAUGGGAAAGUUGUACCCAAAUUUGGAAAUUUUUUUGCAUCAGCAACACAACGCGCACACAAUUGGAAUGGGAUCCAACAAGAUAUAACUGAAAACGUUGACCGAAAGUUGGCUUACGAUGUUACUGCAACUGUAAGAAUCUUUGGGAAUAAUAAUGUUCAAAAUGCUGAUAUCAGAGCCACGUUAUGGGUUCAGACCCCAGACUCCCGAGAACAAUAUAUAGGGAUUGCUAAGUCAAAUGUGACAGACAAGGAUUGGGUAGAGUUGCAAGGAAAGUUUCUGUUAAAUGGUUAUGCAUCAAAGGUAGUGAUAUACUUAGAAGGUCCACCUUCUGGUGUUGAUAUUCUUUGUAAUGGUUUAGUGGUUAAGCGGGUUGAAAAAAUCCCUCCUUCACCUCCACCGUUUAUAGAGAAUGCUGAUUAUGGAGUUAAUAUAAUAGCAAAUAGUGAUCUACAUGGUGGAUCGAAAGGGUGGUUUCCCCUUGGUAAUUGCACGUUAAGCGUUGCAAAAGGUUCACCAUAUGUAAUCCCUCCGGCAGCUAAAGACACUUUGGGCCCCCGUCAGCCACUAAGCGGUCAAUUUAUUAUUGUGACUAAUCGCUCCCAGACCUGGAUGGGUCCUGCACAAACGAUUACAGAUAAGAUCAAGCUCUAUCUCACGUAUCAAGUAUCAGCUUGGGUCCGAUUGGCUCAUGGAGCCACUGGUCCCCAUAAUGUAGGUGUGGCUCUUGGAGUGGACAGCCAGUGGAUGAAUGGUGGUCAAGUUGAAAUAAACGAUGACAGGUGGCAUGAAAUUAGUGGGUCUUUUAGGAUUGAGAAACAACCUGAGAAAGUGACGGUAUACUUUCAAGGUCCUGCUCCAGGUGUCGGUUUCAUGGUCGCCGGAUUCCAAAUAUUUAGUGUUGAUCGCCGGGCACGAUUCGAGCAGUUAAAACAGCAAACUGAUAAGAUACGUAAACGUGACAUCACUCUGAAAAUUACGGACCCUGACUCAAGCAGUAUGCAUGGAGCCAUGGUGAAAGUCAAACAAAUAAACAAUAGUUUUCCAAUAGGAUCAUGCAUAAGCAGAUCAAAUAUUGACAAUGAAGACUUUGUUGACUUUUUCUUGAAACAUUUCAACUGGGCCGUGUUUGGAAAUGAGCUCAAAUGGUACUGGACGGAGUCACAGCGUGGCAACUUUAACUACAAAGAUGCAGACGAACUUCUCAGGUUUUGUGAAGAUAACAACAUUGCCACUCGUGGGCAUUGUAUAUUUUGGGAGGUUGAAGACACGGUUCAAAACUGGGUUAAGAGCCUUAGCAGAAAUGAUUUAGCCAUGGCUGUACAAAACCGUUUAGAAGGGCUUCUUAAUCGAUACAAAGGAAAGUUCAAGCAUUACGACGUGAACAAUGAAAUGCUUCAUGGGUCUUUCUACCAAGACCGACUGGGUAAAGACAUUAGAGCAAAUAUGUUCAAAACAGCAAACCGGUUAGAUCCAUCAUCCGUUCUAUUUGUGAAUGAUUAUCACGUCGAAGAUGGAUGUGAUACUAAAUCAUCUCCCGAGAAAUACAUGGACCAAAUUCUCAAUCUUCAAGAACAAGGUGCGCCUGUGGGUGGGAUUGGGAUUCAAGGACAUAUUAGUUGUCCAGUGGGGCCCAUUGUGUGUUCGGCUCUUGACAAAUUAGGAAUCACUGGGCUUCCAAUAUGGUUCACUGAACUUGAUGUUUCAAGUGAAAACGAGCAUGUAAGGGCAGAUGAUCUGGAAGUUAUACUGCGGGAGGCUUUUGCUCAUCCAGGUGUUGAAGGUAUAAUGCUAUGGGGGUUCUGGGAGCUGUUUAUGAGUAGAGAGAAUUCUCAUUUAGUAAAUGCCGAAGGGGAGGUUAAUGAAGCCGGGAAGAGGUUUAUCGAGCUUAAAAAAGAAUGGCUUUCUCAUGCGCACGGGCAUAUUGAUGAACAAAGUGAGUUUGCGUUUCGAGGGUUUGAAGGGAUGUAUGAAGUGGAAAUCGUGACAUCUUGCAAGAAGUUUGUCAAGAGAUUCAAGGUUGAGAAAGAGGAUUCGCAGGUGGUAGUUUGGAUUGAAUUGUAAUUAGGCAUCGUGUGUGGUCUGAUAUAAUAUCGUUAGUCCGACUUGCAUAGUUAGAAAUGCCUUCGAAACCAUAGGUUUGUUUUAAGGAAUACUCAAAAAGAUUGUGAUAUAUAUCAUAUAUAUACAUACAAAUUUCUUACAUAUAAAAA